AUGAACAUUGAGGAAAUAUUAAGCAAAACGCCCUCUAAGGCUUGUGCUCUUCUUGAAGAGUACUACAAGGAGAAAAGCGACCUCACCAAACAAGACUCAUCAUCGUUCAACAGAGAGCAAGCUCAACAACUAUGUGAUCUUUUAUUCAAAGAAAGUGAGAAAGAGAGCGUAAGAGUUGAGAACAUUAGAGUCAUCCUUCGCUUGAUGGCCAACGUAUCUGACCAUGAUGAGGCUGUUCUUCAACUACUUUCUGUUGAUUCCUUGACUUCAUCCAUGAUGAGUUUAUUCCAGGUGAUUGAAAAGUUUCUAAUGAAUCAACGCCCAGAAGACGAGAUGAGCGCCAUUGAAGCACGUAUUAAGGACGGUUGGGAAAAGCUCUUCACCAACUUUUUAAUCACCAUUCAUUCGUUAUGCGAGAGAGUUGAAGGAAAACAAAUAUUUGGAGAGAAGUUCAUUCCAGUGUGUGUUAGGGUCGUCAAAGAGAAAGGCUAUGACGUUUUUGUGAGAAGGCAUGCCGCUGAGUGCAUCAACCAAAUGAUAAAACACUCAAAGGAGAACAAGACUGUGCUUCUUCAAGAGUCUCAUCUCAUCAACCAAUUGGCCGCAAGUUUAAUCAACUCGGGGGAUUUUACCUUGCAAGCGAACAUUACUGAGGUACUGUAUCGUCUAUUGAGCUGGAGUAAUAUGAGUGACUCAAGCCUUAAGAGUGUAUUCAGCUGUUUUGAUGAGCUAUCAGAUAAAAUCAUCGUGAUAUUUAAGAAGAUCAAGGGAGACGAGACAUUUGUGGAAUGUAUUAGAUCGUUUGUGAUGGAACUUAACGACCAAAUGAGCGAAGACAAAAGAACCGUGUAUUCUAUUAAGAGUUCCGAAAUGAACAUGGGAUCUUUUACCUGCUUUCCUGAAUGGGUGGAUUUUGGUACCAAAUCGAUGAGCUGCUUUAUUCCACAACCAGACGACGACACAAAGGAUGUUGUCGAUUUUGAAUACACAAACAUUAGAACCUUGAGGCUCUCAUACAAACAACAAAAGUUGAUUUUACAACUGUUCAAUGAAAUUGCUGGAUUUGAAGGUUGUUACGACGCUACUAAGGAUGAUCAAAUUAUUGGAAUUAGCAUGACCAAAGAGUCUCUUCAGCUUAUCAAAAAGAACAUUUCAGGUUUGAUAUCAGUUUGCAGAGAGAAAAAUAAGCAGAAAGAGGAGCUACUGAACCAGCCUCCUGUUCCAGAAGGAUUAUUAGUUACUGGCGACACUCCAAACUCCAGAAAAGUCUCUAUCACUGCAAUUCCAUUGAAGACAAGCUGUCUUACCUCUACGCCUCCCACAGACGAGGUUAAGCAAGCUGUGAAGGAAAUAUCCAUUCAAGAUCCACAAGAGCAAAAGAAAGAAUCUACAAAGAAAAUGAGCGAUGACAACGAGAAAAAAGGAAAGAAAGACGAAAGAGAGGUGUCUACAAGGUCAAGAGCCAAGUCCUUAAGCGCUGAAAAGAAAGAAAAAUCCCUGUCGUCAAAGAAAAGGGCUGCUACCACAUCAAAGAAGAAAACAAAAUCUGUUGAGAUUGCUCCUCAAGUUACUGAAAUACCUGAAAUUACCACAAAAAUUGGAGACUUACUUGAGCAAGUUGUGACUUCACCCAUACCAGAAAUCGAAAAGCAAAGAGACGACACAUCCUCUGUAGCAAAUAAUGACAGGGUGUCGGAUUGGGAAAAUAUUUUUGAUAGACCUCUUUUGAGUUUGUCGGAUGCAUUCUCAUCUACAACCACAAGCACAGUUUCUAACUCUGUGCUUGAUGAUCUUGACACAAUGUCUCAUGAUACUGAAAGAUCUCCACUAGUACCACGAAGACUUUUUGAAGAGCCAAGUGAGAUCGAUACCACUUUUGGAGGGUUCAAUCUUGAUGAUACCAAUAUUAACAUGGAACUGGAAAAAACUCCAGCAAAUUCAAAAGGUAAGAAAAAAGGAACUAAGAGAAAGAAAGAGGAUGCUCUAGAUGAUGAUGAUGACUUUUCAAGCGAGGUUGCAGCUAUGAUGUCUACAAUUAUAAAGAAGCAGCAAGAAAAGAAAAAUAGAAAGAUUGAGGUCAUGAAAAAGAGUUGUGCUGACAAGAUCAAGAAGAUGAUAAAUGACACAAAGAAAAACAGAUUGAAAGAAAGAGAAGCAUUGGCAACAUGUUACAAACAGAGCAUUCAAGAAAUUGAAGAGUCCCAAAUGAAACUUGCAAAGAAAAUGAGAGCUACCUAUACUAAAUUCCAACAAGACAUGGCUAGUUAUGCUCAAAAGCAUCAAGAGUUGGAUACCAGGCGAAAAUCUGAGCAUGAACUACACAAAGAAAGGCUAUCUCUAUUGAAAACUAAGGACUUGACUGAGUGUUCACUCCUUGAGAAAAAGGUUAAAGAAGAAAUUACUAGAACAAGCAAGGAAAUGGAUAGUGUGUUGAGACCAACAGAGACUUCAGACAAGGAGAGACAGCUUCGAGCUCUCAUUGUUCAGCUGUUCAAGUGA